AUGGAUUCUUUUAAAGAAAAAGCUCUCGUUCUUAACGAUAUUCGCUCUAAAUUUACCCAAUUUCAAAAUAAUUCUGACUUAAUUUCUAUGGAUUUUCAUACAUCUUUUCGUCAACAACUAUUUGCUGAUUAUGGCUACGAUCCAUCAAUCUAUAUCGAUGAAGCUUCUUUUUUUAAACUUUUUGAAAGUCAAUUCGAUAAUGAAAUGCCUACUGAAAUUAUACACCAAGAUGAAAUUUCAAAAAUACAAGCUUGCUUUGGUGAGAUUGUAAAAACAAAAUAUUUGGACGCGGUAAAUUCUGCUCAUAAAUUUUGUCGUCAAAAGUGCCGUGAUCAAAAAAAAGCUGCAUUGCGUGAUAUUUUUAUGCUUCCAUCCGGGAACAAAGAUCACGUGAUAGAAAUAUUAAAACGAAUAGAUUCAUCCUUCGUGGAUAUGUUAUCACGCAUGAUUAAACAGUUUCAAGUCACGAUUGGAUUAGAUAACACAGACUUCAUUUCCGUGAAAAAUUUAAUUUCAACAAAUAUUCGUUUCAAUGAUGAAAUCAAACAAAUUCUCGAAAAUUAUUUCUGCGAAGUAUCUGACCGCCCAAAACAUUGUGAAAAAUUAGAGUUAAGUAAAACAACAGGAUUAACAAUAAAACAAAUCGAGACUUGGUUCAAUAAUAGGAGGAACCGCGCUGAAAAAGAUAAUGAAAAACUUGAGAGAUUAACAACUGAGUUUUUGGAUAAAAAGGUGGAUUGGGAAGAUAAAUUUACCGCUGCCAGAUCAGGAAAGAUUACCGCAAAGGACAUGAAAACCAUCAUUAUUCAAGCGUUCGAACUUCCUUGCAUUGAUUCGAUAGAAGAAGACGAUGAAGAAUUACUGGAAAUUGAAACUACUAGGUCAAACGAAUUAUUUUUAGAAAAAUCAGAUUCAUCCUCCUUUAAAAAGUCUGUAAAAACCCGUGAACGUCUUACAAAAAAAAACCGCAAAAAUAUUACACCUUACACCAAAUCAUCACCAAUGUCAAAAAAAAUGGCAAUAAUGCGAGUUAAAGAUAAUAUCUCAGCAUCCGUGGUCGAUAUUCCUUGCAUUGACUUGAUAGAAGACGAAGAAGAAUUACCGGUUAUUGAAGAAACUAUCACUAUGUCAAACGAAUCAUUUUUAGAAAAAUCAAAUUCUUCAUCCUUUAAAAGGUCUGUAAAAACCCGUGAGCGUCUUACAAAAGAAACCCGUAAGAAGGCUUCACCUUACACCAAAUCGUCACCCAUGACAACAAAAAUAGCAAUGACGCGAAUAAACCAUGUUCAAGAUGACAUCUCACCACCUGUGGAGGAAAUCCAACACCAAGACUUAAAUUUUAACUUCUCAAGUUCUUUUGAAGGAGAUAUCUUCAAUUACGUUUCCACUUACGCUCCAACAACAAGUUUUAGUAAUCUAUCCGAUAUAUCAGAGUUUAGCCAAUUAAGCGAUGUAGUCGAUUUCGAUCAAUUAAAUGAUAUCUCAGCUGUAAAUAGCUAUUCAACAUUACCUUUUGCUUUAGAACAAUGUGAUUCGUUGGCACGAUCAUCAAAUGAUCCCUUCAACGCGGUCACUGUACCACAUAAUUUAUCCGAAGACUAUUUGAAUUACACGUCGAACUCAAGUAUUUUUGUUACAUCGGACACUACUUCGGAGCAGGAAUCCGCAGUUGACAUGACAAAUACAUAUGAUUUGUUUAAUCCUUUACCCGAUGAUAUUAAUGCUAUUCAAUUGGGCUUCAUUACGCAAUCAUCCUCCCUUGGCAACAGUAAUUUUACUAUCGAUUCUCUCGGUGAACAUAUUGACCAUGGCACUUGA